AUGCUGAGGGCGGCAUGGAGGGCGCUGAGUUCCAGUCGGACUCUGGCAGUGACUCAGACCCCAAUUCUUAGAUUGUCAGACAGAGGGAGGGCCAGACUUCCCUCCAACCAGCGGGGCCUGCAGCCUCGAGGUCUCCUCCUCCAGGCCGCCCGCGGAUUUGCCAUCCAGAAACCAGAACAAACAGAUCUCCAAGAAGAUCCAUCCCCUGACACAUUGCUCAAGGACUACCAGAACAUCCCUGGAAUUGAGAAGGUUGAUGAUGUUGUGAGAAGACUCUUGUCUUUGGAAAUGGCUAACCAGAAGGAGAAACUGGAAGUCAAAAAAGAGUUGAUGAUGAAAAAGAUCGUGGCAAACCCUGAAGACACCAGCUCCCUGGAGGCUCGAAUUGUUGCCUUGACUGUCAAGAUCCACAGUUAUGAAAAACACAUGCAGAAACAUCGAAAGGACAAAGCCCACAAGCGCUAUCUGCUCAUGAGCAUUGACCAAAGGAAAAAGAUGCUCACAAACCUCCGUAGUACCAACUACGAUGUCUUUGAGAAGACAUGCCAGGGCCUUGGCAUUGAGUACACCAUCCCCCCUCUGUACAACCAAAAGACCCAUCGCCGCUGGGUGACCAAGAAGGCGCUGUGCAUUCGGGUUUACCAGGAAGCUCAAAAACUGAAGAAGCAAAAAAGGGCCUUAAAAUCUGCAGCAGCAAUCGCCCAGAAACAAGGCCCAAGGAGCUCUGAGGGGCCUUCCGAAGCCAGACCGGAGGCACUCCUAGAAACUCAAUAA